CGCUUAACGACACGUGGAACGUCGGACUCUUGUUGGAGACGGACCGGAAGUAGCGUGAGGUUACAGAAGAUUCUCGUGAAGUGUUGCACCUGAUCUGCACUGUAUCAGUCUCAGCUGCUGUGUUUGUCUUCAGUCAGAAGAAAGAUGCUUAGAAGUGCAUCAGCACAGAUCAUCCGGCAGGCGGUGAGGUACAGGAGUACAGACGCCAGCCUCAUCCUGGAGAGAUCGAUAAACCGGGUGCAGCUGUUAGGUCGGGUCGGCCAGGACCCGGUGAUGAGACAGGUGGAGGGCCGAAACCCGGUUACCAUCUUCUCAUUAGCGACCAAUGAGAUGUGGCGCUCUGGAGAGGGAGAAAUGAGCUCAUCAGGUAGUGACAUCAGCCAGAAGACGACGUGGCAUCGUGUGUCUAUAUUCAAACCUGGUCUGAGAGACGUGGCGUACCAGUACGUCAAAAAAGGGUCGAGGAUUCUAGUAGAGGGGAAGCUGGACUACGGCGAAUACGUGGACAAGAACCAAGUCAGACGUCAAGCCACCACCAUCAUCGCAGACAACAUCAUUUUCCUGAGCGAUAACGUGCGAGACAGAACCUGAAGGACCUUCCUCUCCGUCUUCGUCUCCACCAAACACCAAGGCGACUUCUUUUUGUAUUUUCUUCUUUAUACCAAAAUAAGACUCAAGGAUGUGAAGUAAAGGAACUGUUUUCACAAGAAGCCGGGAGGACGGACAGGAUAAGCUAUGACCAUCUUUGGUUGCGGCACCACCUGCUGGUGCACAUGAAGUCUUAGAGGCUUCAGGAGGAGCAGAAACAGCUCAGCUGUAGUAAAUGUACACCUACUGAUUAUGACUUAGACGUUACAGAUAACUUUAAUGUUGUUUAAUCCAUCCAAGUUGCUCUAAACGCUUCUCCUGAAUCAUAACUCUGAGUUUGGGGACUCUUUGAAAGGUAGUAGCUCUGUUAAGAGCAGCUCUCACUCUGCUCUCACUUACUGUGACUUGUAAUGUUAUAGAUUUUGUUUCCUUGUGCCAGUAAAGACAUACUGUCUUUAUAAGCUGAA